AACACACUUGCAGCACGAUAAUGCUGUUGUCCAAUCUGUCAAAAUAUUCGAGUUUUCUGCUCCUUUAUUCUAGUUCCCUGAGUAGUCAAAAAUCAAGAGAUUUAAUAAAAAUAUUGAAUAUUUACAAGUUUUCGAGAGCUGGCGCACAUCGAUUGUUCAUUCGCCAGAUCACAAUGUCCGAAAACAAACCGCCACUGUUAGAGCGAGCUCGGAAUAUAGUGCCUGGUCUCGAACCGGGUAGACAUAAAGGACAAGCAGGCCGUAUUGGAGUUGUAGGUGGAUCAAUGGAAUACACCGGAGCGCCAUACUUUGCCGCCAUCAGUGCACUAAAGGUGGGAGCAGAUCUCGUUCACGUUUUCUGUCCUCAGGCUGCUGCACAGGUAAUCAAAUCGUAUAGUCCGGAGUUGAUUGUGCAUCCUUUGUUGGACAGUAACAAUGCUAUUAUUCAAAUUGAACCAUGGCUGGAACGGUUGCAUGUACUAGUGAUCGGACCAGGUUUGGGGCGUGAUCGUUUAGUCUUGCAAACGGUUUCCGAAUUGAUAAAAAUCUGCCGACAAUUGCAGAAGCCGUUGAUCAUUGAUGCAGAUGGGCUUUACCUGAUCACUCACGACAUUAGUCUAGUAAAGGAUUACUAUGGUGUCAUCCUAACUCCGAAUGCUAUCGAAUUUUGUCGCUUGUUUGGAGAUGAUCGAGAUAAAAUUAUGCAGAUGAUGGAGAAACUUGGACGAGGAGUUACUGUGAUCGAAAAGGGCCUAAAUGACCGUAUUUAUGAUUCGCUUACGUUAGAAAAAUACGAAUGUCCUCAAGGAGGUUCAGGACGCCGUUGUGGAGGACAAGGAGAUUUGCUUUCAGGAGCUCUAGCGACUUUCUACUUCUGGGCGUUAGAAUCAAGGGAGAUCAGCCCCGCCGUGGUAGCUUGUACAGCCGCAAGUUUUCUUACGAAGAAUUGUAACAGUUAUGCGUAUAAGGCUAAGGGACGUAGUAUGACUUGUAGCGAUAUGAUCGAGCAGAUCCAUAGUGUUUUCGAGGAUUAUUUCGAACACAAGAAAGAAUAGGAAUAGUUGAGGGUUAUUGAAUCGUUCGGGAUAUUUUCAUGUUUAAGAAGUAUGUAGAUGGUGAUGAUAUUUAGUUUUAUCAGGAAUGAAACGAAUAACAUAUUUAAUACAGGGUAAAACGAACAAUGAUUCGGCCUAGUAAUCUGAUUACGAGGAAUGUAAUAUGUGACGGUUUCAGGAUAUCUAUGUGUGCAUUCAAACCGACUUUAAAAUAUAUUUAAAUGAAAAAUCAA